AAUAUUUGUAUUUUGUAUUUUGUAAAGGAGUGCAGGCGAGGCGGGGCAGGUGGCGCUGCGAGCGGCGGCGGUGGUAAACACUCUCGCCAAGAUGGUCCUCGAGAGCACCAUCAUCUGCGUUGACAACAGUGAAUAUAUGAGAAAUGGAGACUACGUUCCCACUCGCCUGCAGGCCCAGCAGGAUGCCGUCAACACCAUCUGUCGCUUUAAGUUGCGUUCUAACCCAGAAAAUAACGUUGGCCUCUUAACCUUGGCAAAUACGGAAGUAUUGGCAACAUUGACUACUGAUGUUGGGAAAAUUUUGACUCCGCUCCACAAAGUCUUACCAAAUGGGAACAUUAAUCUUCUUACUGGUAUUCGCAUUGCUCAUUUGGCUCUGAAACAUCGGCAGAGCAAGAACCAUAAGAUGCGCAUUGUUGCCUUUGUAGGUAGUCCUGUGGAAGUGGAGGAGAAGGAGAUUGUCAAAGUGGCCAAGCGCCUGAAGAAGGAGAAAGUCAACAUUGAUAUAAUCAACUUUGGUGAGACUGAUUGUAACCAAUCAUUGCUGGAAGCCAUGGUUAGUACAAUUAAUGGUCGUGAAGGAGGGAGUUCUCACCUUGUCACUGUGCCACCAUCGCCACAUCUAGCCGAUGCUCUUUUGUCGUCUCCCAUUGUGCAGGGUGAAGAUGGAGGACCUGCUGCCAGCUUUGCUACUGGUGGAGGCUUUGAAUUUGGUGUCGAUCCUAAUGAAGAUCCGGAGCUAGCACUGGCUCUACGUGUGUCUAUGGAAGAGCAACGGCAACGACAGCAGGAAGAGGAGCGACGUGUAGCUCAAGAAUCUACCACGACUGUCACACCCAUGGAAACAACACCCAAGCCACCGACGACAACCCCUACUCCCCAGACCACAGCACCAACUGAAGCUGGUGGUCAGUCUGAAGAAGAAAUGCUGCAGCAGGCUCUAGCCAUGUCUCUGGAGGCAGGGGCCGUGUCACAGAGUGCCGCUGCCAACACUGGCACAUCUGCUGGAAGUACGCCUGCUGUCGGUGGUUCAGCAAGUAGUGCUGGCAAGGGGAGUAUCUCGGGCAGUAGCUUAUCAUCUGCCACCAUCCCCGAUUUCUCUGCUAUGACUGAGGAAGAACAGAUAGCAUAUGCCAUGCAAAUUUCCAUGCAAGACUGCAAGCCAAAGGAGGAAGCGAUGGAUGUGGACCCCCCUGCUUCAGCUGCUAAGCCAUCAGAAAGCUUGAAGGCAAAAAAGGAAGAGGAGGAACAAGAUUUCUCAAGGGUAAUGGCAGAUCCAGCUUUCCUGGAGAGUGUGUUGCAGAACCUGCCAGGGGUGGAUCCCCAGAGCCAGGUGGUGAAGGAGGCUGUUGGUUCACUCACUCAACAGGAUAAGGAUAAAGAUAAGGAUAAAGAUAAGAAAAAAGAUGAAAAAAAGUAAGAUAUAAUGUUAUAGGCACAGAAAUAAAGCUAUUUCCAUUUCCCUUUGUGUAGCUUCUGCAGAGCUGAACCAUCAUCUUUGGGUACAAUGUGUCGGUAAGGAUCAUUUUGUCAGGAGGAACUGGAUGUAAUCUGCUUAUAUUACAGAUACACAAAGGCUUUCAAGGUGUAUAUGUACGAUUAGUUCUUCCCAGAUGAGCAGUCAACGUGCAGUAAAGCUUCAAUUUUUUAAUUUAACAGUAUAUGAUAUCACUAAUAUUUAUACAUUAACUUCAAAAUUGUAAUUUUCACAUCAGUAAAUAUAGGCAACUGAAAACUGUUUGUAAUUAUUCAUAUACGCAGGUACAGUAUUAGUCUUUUUGGAAAUUUGGGCUACUUCAGUCAUUCCUGAAGUUUAUGUAUUAUAGAUAUUUUCCAUUUGUAAGGAUUAUAAUUUUUUUUAUUUAUUUGCUUAUAUGAAUUACUGGCAAAAUGUUUAAGAAUAAAUCUUGUAUAAGA